GAAUCCUUUAAGAGUAUACUCGAAAGAAGGCAGCAACUGAGAAUGUCUCUCACAUUUUCUUCUUCAUGUUUCUUCCCUCAAAGAGUUUCCUUUAUUACUAAAUUUAGUGGAACGAAAAGGUUCAACUGGUUUUCGAGAAGUCCACAAAUGGGAAGGAUUUUUACUUUAAGAGCUGGGCCAAAGAGGAUAUCUUUUGAUAGAAAUUGCAGAGAGGCUUUGCUAGUUGGGGUAGAUAAGCUAGCUGAUGCUGUUUCGGUUACGUUGGGACCAAAAGGACUAAACGUUGUUCUGGAUGAGCCUGGAUCUGUAAAAGUAGUUAAUGAUGGGGUAACAGUUGCUCAGAGUAUUGAGCUUCCGGAUGCAAUUGAGAAUAUAGGAGCAAUGCUUAUUCAAGAGGUUGCACGAAAGACAAAUGAUACAGCAGGUGAUGGUACAACAACUGCAAUCAUUUUGGCUCGAGAAAUGAUAAAGUCUGGUCUAUUGGCUGUUGCUUCUGGGGCUAGCCCUGUUUCUCUGAAGAAAGGAAUUGAUAAAACUGUGAAGGAACUGGUCAAGGUCCUGAAGACUAAAUGCAUCCCUAUAAAGGGGAGGGAAGAUAUCAAAGCUGUGGCCUCAAUUUCUGCUGGAAAUGAUGACUUCAUUGGGAACUUAAUGGCCGAUGCUAUAGACAAGAUUGGGCCUGAUGGAGUAAUCUCCAUUGAAUCGUCCUCAUCUUGUGAAACUACCAUUGUGGUUGAAGAAGGAAUGAAAAUUGACAAGGGUUACAUGUCUCCCCAGUUUAUUACAAACCAGGAUAAAUCAAUUGUUGAGUUUGAGAAUGCUAAGGUUCUAGUAACUGAUCAAAAGAUUUCAAGAAUCAAAGAGAUAAUUCCUUUACUUGAGAAGACAACUCAGCUCAGUGUUCCACUAUUAAUUAUUGCCGAGGAUAUAUCAAUGGAAAUUCUGGAAACAUUGGUCAUGAACAAGUUGCAAGGUAUAAUCAAUGUUGCUGCUGUUAAAUGUCCGGGAUUUGGAGAAGGAAAGAAAGCUCUUCUGCAAGAUAUUGCUCUUAUGACAGGGGCUGAUUUUCUUGCUGGAGACCUGGGCCUGACUCUUGAAGGAGCAACCUCUGACCAGCUUGGUGUUGCACAAAAGAUAACUAUUACAAGUAGUUCAACAACUAUUGUUGCUCACCCUAGCACUAAAGCUGAAAUUCAGGCACGAAUCUUGCAGAUAAAGAAGGAUCUUGCUAACACUGAUAGUGCGUACCUGUCAAGGAAGCUCUCUGAAAGAAUUGCGAAACUCUCCAGUGGAGUGGCUGUAAUCAAGGUGGGAGCACAUACUGAGACUGAACUUGAAGAUCGGAAGCUGAGAAUUGAGGAUGCAAAGAAUGCCACGUUUGCUGCCAUGGAUGAAGGUAUAGUACCUGGUGGUGGAGCAACCUAUAUACAUCUCUCAGAGCAAAUUCCUGUCAUAAAAGAUUUGAUUGAAGAUCCAGAAGAGAAGAUUGGUGCUGACAUUGUCGCUAAGGCACUUCUUGUCCCAGCGACAUCAAUCGCAAGAAAUGCUGGAGUUGAAGGAUCUGUUGUUGUAGAGAAGCUUAGGGCUUCUAACUGGAACAUUGGGUACAAUGCAAUGACAGACAAAUACGAAGAUCUUCUUGACGCGGGUGUGGUUGAUCCAUGUCGAGUUUUAAGAUGUGCACUUCAAAAUGCAGCCUCAGUUGCGGGAGUGGUCCUUCUGACCCAAGCUGUGUUGAUUGAGAAAACAAAAAAGCCUAAGCCGCCUGUUCCUCAUGUCCCAGGAAUAACUCCAUAGCAACAAGACAAGUCAGAUGAAAACAGUGAGAAACUAGCUGAUUCUGCUAUUGUUUCCCUUGGUACCAUGGCUUCAGAAAUUCAGUGACCAAGUUGGUGGCCCUAGUUAACUCGGGGAGAGAAUUGGCUAAUUGUAUCUCGAGAUGGGAAUUAGAAAGAAUGCAUAGCCUACAAAACUUGAGGGAGUUCAGCUGUCUGUUUUGGGUAGACAUUGGACCUGAUCUUGGAAGUCUGAUUUCUGUGAACUGCUAUCUUUGGUGAAAGGCAGCCAUGGAUAAGUUACUUCCUAACAGAAGCAAUGAGAAGGCAUGGUCAAGAAGUAAAAGCUGCUUCCUGUUGUAGCACUGCAGUGUCUUUCAGCCAUCGGGUCCAUACA